AUGAGCGGUGGCUAUGCCAUCGAUGCGGAGGCCCCGCUGUCCUCGCCAGACGGCUACGUGACCGACGUGCAGCUCCCCGGCAACCGCGUGUACACGGGCGAGGUGAGCGAGGAGUGCAUGCACGGCACUGGCUGCCUGCGGAGCGAGCUGGACGUGUACACCGGCGACUUCCGCAGUAACAUGCGCCAAGGCCACGGCACGUUUUGCUCCACCGUUGAUGUUCACCCGAGCGGCGUCAAGAUGUACGAGGGAGGCUGGGACGAGGACGAGCGUCACGGCAAUGGCACGAUUGAGUGGUGCAACGGCGACACGUACACGGGGCAGUUCUACAGGGGUAAGCCGCACGGCUCAGCUGGUCGCUACGUCUUUGCCGACGGCCGCGUGUACGUUGGUGGGUACAAGCACGGCGUGCGGCACGGUUUUGGGCGGCUGACGCAGCGCAACGGGGAGUACUACGAGGGCCACUUCAUGGACGGCGCCAUGACGGGGGAGGGGACGGCGUGGUAUGCCGGCGGCGGCCGCGUGUACAAGGGGCUCUGGGAAGGCGGUAGGAAGGUGCGUGGCAAGAUGACGUUCGCGGGCAGCAGUCGCUUGUACGACGGCGACUGGUUGAACGAGAAGCCGCAUGGCUCUGGCGAGAUGAUAUUCGCCAACGGCGACCACUACGUGGGGGAGUUCGUUGCGGGGAAGCUGAGCGGCAGCGGCUGUAUCACGUACCACUCGCUUGGCGGCCGUUCGUACCGCGGCGCUUUCAUGGACGACCAGCCACACGGCAAAGGAACCGUCACGUUGCCGAAUGGCACCGCAACGGAGGUAUAUUUCAUGCGCGGCAAACAACUCGCNGCGGACGACACCGCCGCGAUUGAUGAGGUGUCGAAGGAGCUCGCAGCACUUCUGAUGCUGCACAACGGCGCAAGUAACAAGGGCAAGAAGACGGCAUCGGCGUUGUGGCCAACGGUGAAGCGGGGUGGCAGCCCCACAGAGUCACCGCCUGUGGCGAACUUGACAACCGCACAAGCAAAGAGUAGCAGCAACGCAUCGCCGCUGCCGGAGCCAACACACAGCACGGAAGAGGUGGCGGCGUCACCACCACUUGCGCCGGCAACCGAAACCGGAUCGAUGGAGCUUACGAUACCGAGACUCCCCACAGUGUACCCACACGGCCCAGUGUCGGAUGUGAGGGGCAGUAGAAGCAGCCUAAGCAAGGAGGAGACGGCGGAGAUAAUGGCGGUCUCUGCUGGUGUCAUCGCCGGCAGCCACACUGACGGCUGCAAAGGGUGGCUUGAGAAGUUUUCCAUUGGGCGCAGCCGUUUCGGCCCAUCUAACUGGCGUCGCCGGUAUUUUGUUCUUGUACAGUUUAACGCCACAGUGGCUUUAAGCUAUUUCCGGGAUGAGUUGUGCCGAAAACCGGUGUCAUUCCUGCGGCUUGACGCGUGCGACACUCGUCUUGUCACGAGGCCGUCGAUUCGGACACACAAGGAGGCAACAAAGCCUGGGCGUGACUUGUGCAUUGUUUACAUUGAAGGUGCAAAGGAGUACAAACUCCUCCUUCGAGCUGACACGGAGGAGGAGCACGACUACUGGGUUGACGAAUUACGCAAACCGUUUGCGAUCGUCGACUACCCAUCGGAUUAUCCACUACUUGCGUGCAGUCAAGAGUAG